AUGGACCAUAACAAAUCACAACGCACAUACGAUCAAGCCUUUUUGUUUGCCAUGGGCGAAACAAAUCGUACAAGUAACUCAAAAAAACGGGCAUUAAUGUUUGCAGAUUUUUACGAUGUUGUUCCUGUUGCAGUAAAUGAUGAAGAUGGUAAUGAGGUAGACGUGAUUUUAUCCCCAAGCCACGUCGAAAAGUUCCAGAACAUGCUUGCUAAACCAACCUCACUCACUGUAAGUCGUCCUGUCCAAGAAGCAUCUCCUCAAACAAUGUUUCCAACUCGCGAUACAGUCAACAGCAUUGGUGAAUUUGGAGCAUACUCCCGAUAUUUAACCAAACGCCACUGCACUGAAUUGACUAAGGAAAUGAUCGAACUACUCAACCAUGACAUCAAGCCAAGCCAACGUUUCAUCACAGCAAGAGCACUAAUCGGAUCAGUAAUAAUUGAGAACUCCACUGGUUCCACUUUCCAAUCGACAUCCGUACCGUCUGUAGGCCAGAAUGACUCCGAAAUUUUCACCAUGCGCCAAAUUGAAGGCAGCAAUAUUUCCAUCAAGCUUAUACUGGGUACCCACUCGUUCAGCGCCCUUGUCACUGCUGGUACACGGAUCGACAACUUGGUGGAUCAACCUGAAUGCGGGCCAAACACUGUCAAUUUCGGUGUGUCUCCUAACUCCCACUUAAAGUACAAGUUGUAUCUUGGUUCGGAAUCAUGGUCUGACUCUCUAGCGCUUGAUGAAAAGACUAACUUGCAGUCCAUUUAUAUUUAUACUCAUUCCCAAAUCAUGCAACUUCGCCAGCAUAAACUCGGUUCCAUAAAAUAG